AUGGAGAAUCAUCUUUCUCCUCUGAAAAGCCUUAGUGACACAGGGCUGAGCCCCAGCUCAGUUGCCUGGGUGGCAGAUCUCGUGCUGGGCUACCCCUGUGGACUGGGGCUCUUUCUCCUAUUACUCCCCUGCCUCCAUGGUGGCCCAUCCUCACCAGCCCAUGGGCAGAAAGGAAGCAUCACGUGCGGCGGCGAUGACGGGGAGGCCCAGGAGCGGGAAGAAGAGCUGCGGCCUGAAAGUCCCCUGGGCACUGUGCGGUACUGCUCACCUCCAGGUAACUCAUGUGUGGGGCCUCCCUUCUCGACCACCUCAGGCCUCGAAGGCAUCAUCUGGUUCCUCUCCCAGUGGGGGGCGGCAGCCCAGGCCCUGUUAUUCCCCACCUCGCGCCACAGCACGCCCCAGCGAGAGCCUCCUCUCCACCCUCCACCAGAGGCUUCGCUCUGGGGAGACCCCGUGCACAGACAGAUCAAGGGUGGUGACCCCACUUUCAUCAACCCCGAUGUCCAGAUGCUCCUGGAGAUGCUCCUCCCCAGGACAGAAGAACUGAAGCUGUGGAAGGAGGAGGAAAAGGAGGGGGCCGAGGAGACCACGGAUCCUGCAGAGGCUGAGGAGGAGAAGCCCCCUAUUUGGGAAGUCACCUUGGCGGCAAGUAAGAUCAGAAACCACCAGACUGUCCUCGUGAAGCUCUGGUGCCGCUGCUGCUUGCCCACGUCCACCGGAUUUGGCAGUGGAGGAGGCAGUGGGAGCACCUCCAGCUUCGGCAGCAACUCCCUGGGUCCACCUCCUGGGCCCACAGAACCACAGCAGAUCAGGCCUCAGGGCCCCAGUGGCACGAGCUUGCUCAUGGCCAAGCCCGUGGCACCUUCCCUGGUGGGUGGGGAGCUGCUGGUAGGGGAGCAGGUUCACAAGAUCCGACCUGGUUAA